CUCCGUUCAUCCAUGCGUGACCGGCCAGUUAUUGCGUGCCGGUUGGUUGCCCCAACUUUGCUCAAUCUUUGCCAACUCUUGGCGGAUUUUAAUAAAAAACAUGCAGUGGAUCACAUUCACGUCUCGUCGAAUGCUCUCUUGACGUGGCGACGCAAACGGGCGCUGCUUCGCAACAGCAAAUUGUGA